CUGCGACGGAAAUUUGUGGUCCUUAAAUUUUUGAUGCGUCCAAAGGAUAUAUCGUACUUAUUGUAUAUACGUAUUCGUAAUGCGAGAAUCACGUGAGCGUUUGCUUGUUUAUGUUUAUACCGUGACAAACAGUAGUACAUAUUGACGCAACAAAAUGAUUUAUCGUUUAAUCAUGUAUCGAUUUAUGGUUGUAAAUUUGCGUUAGGUUAUCGAAAUUCUAUAAUCCAAGGGUGGAACCUUCGUAUCAAAUCGUCAAGUAAUGUAUAGUAAUAAUGAUUGUUUAGAUGAGAAAAACAAGAGAAAAACGAACGAUUGCCUAGGUAUAGAUUAGCUUUUUUUGUUUUUGUUUUUGUACAAUAUACCGGCAUGCGUAUCGCUAAGGCUAUUUCGAGAUCACCAUAUCGAUCCAUACGUAAUACUAUCAACACGUGAUGUAUUAACAACAAAUUGUCUUAUCGGAACAUUUCACAGAACUCGUAAACGCACACUGGAUCGACACGUUACCCUCGCUGAAAGAUAUCGUAGAUUAUAAAAAAAAUAUCAAGCUACGUAACAAUUGUUCGGUUCCUAUCUAUAUCUAUUGUAUUUCAACACGGCGGAAUUAGUCCGAUAAGGGGAACGAAGAUUUUGACGAUAUAAGAUAUCGAAUGAUAUCGAGCGAAUAGAUACCGGUCGAUUUACAUUAGACCUCGAGUUGCAUGGCUCCGGGAUCGAUGGUUCCGUGCCUGAGAUGGUUCUGGAUCGCUCCCACCAGUGGUCUGCGUGGCGAGGACCAUCGCGAGAAUCGAACAGGGCCGCGCAUUAUACGCGUAGUGUAGCCUGCUAAGGAGACGACACGCGUUUAUAUACGCGAGCGAUACGAAACUAUUUGAACAACGUUCUUUUUAUUCCUGUCAUUGUAGAGAAUUCCAAAAUCACGAAUCUAUAUGGUACGAGAAAUCGCGUCGAUAGAGUGCAUACGAUUGAUCGAGAAUUCAAUCGUGCAUGUAACGUAAUCAUUGGUCCAGAGCACAUCUCGAGCGCCGCCAACCACUGCCACGUGAAAUUCGUAAAGUGCAUGCGUACGCACCAAAAGAAGCGUACCUAUAGGUUGCCGAAUACCGUGACGCGCAAAGCGAGCGCGCGACCUGUUCAAUUCUUACGGCCCUGCCAGUUAGUAUAUCGCGGAAUUUCGCGGCCGAACGAGUCAACGGCCUUAUCGUCGUUCACAUUUAUGUCUUAAGAUCGAGUCGUGUUUCUUCUUUUUGCUCUCGUUAUCGCCUAUUCGAGCGGAAACGAUUCAAAACGGAUAACAAAACAAAGUUUAAAAAUUUCUGUUGCUACGCUUAUAGGAUGUCACAGUAGAGAGAAAGAGAAAGACGGAGUGAGAGAUCGAUCUACGAUCAUCGGCUCUAAAAAAAGAAAUCGGGAAGUAGGAAGGAAGACAGAGAAGAAAAGAAGAGGGCGCCAGUACAGAUAUAUCGGUGAGUGUGACUGGACGGAAAGACGUGGGCGAUUCCCAAGUACCGGCCUCCUGGUCCGUCGUGUCGUUUCGAGUGUGUCAGUGAGUUUGUGGAGGCGAACCUAACCUAGUCGUCGGGUGCGCACUAUCGAUCAAGAAGCCAUCGGUUUAAAGAGGACUUGACUUUUUUUGUGGGUACAGGUUAUGUAUACGUAAUUUCGCGGUCGGUGUAAACACGUUUUGUGCGUUUCGUUAAAUUUCGCGCUAAAUUACGGCGAGCUGCUUCUAACUGCCUAACUUGCGUGUUACGAACGUGAAUUCAAAGGAAGAAACUGUGUGCAAACGGAGUCAGAUUGAAAGAGAACAGUGGAAGAAAGUCGAAGACAAUAGAAGAAACGUAACGAAAGGAGUGACAACGACUAGAAAUCGGAAGUGAUCGUGUUGUGUAUUGGAAACGAUUCUAUGCGGCAAGAUGAUGGAGACACAGAAUUACUGGGAGGACAACUCCGCUCAUUCUAUGCAAGUAAAAUACGAGAGUCUGGAUGCUAGAUCUUGCAAGGACGAGAUAUACAGGAUGGGAAUAGGCGCUGGGUAUUGCGAAGGAAACUUGAAUUUUGCUACAGCCUCCGAGGAUGACGAGGUUUAUACCAAGAAGAAGGUUUCUAGGCAAGAUCCAAUGUCUCAUAGGAUUAUCGAAAAACGCAGGAGAGAUCGUAUGAAUAAUUGUUUGGCCGACUUGAGCAGGCUCAUACCGGCCGAGUACUUGAAGAAAGGCCGAGGAAGAGUGGAGAAGACCGAAAUCAUUGAAAUGGCUAUACGUCACAUGAAGCAUCUUCAAGGUCUUCGACAAGAGUCGAAACACCCAGCCGUGACGUCAGUGCACACGCAUCCCGAAGACAGCGUGGACAGUGUAUCGCAUUCAACUGUCGCAUCUACCGCGGCAGAACACUACAGGCUGGGUUUCCAAGAGUGUCUGAGCGAAACCGUGCAUUUCCUCGUGGAAGUGGAGGGCUUUUUUGCCAGAGACUCUUUAUGUGUUCAACUGAUCAAUCAUUUGCAGCAGCACUGCGAGAAGAUCCUAGCUACCAGUGACAGGCUGGGUUUCCCUCAUCCAGAGAUGCCAACCGCGAACGGUAUCGCGAACGGCUCUAGUUACGCGCACACCAGCAUUCCGACGAUGUGUCAGCCGAACGGUCAUUCGGACCACGGCUCGAGCUCCGGUGCAAGUUCCUUCGGUGAUCCGGAACGUCCUCUGCGCCCAGCGAUCAUCCCACCGCCGACUAUAGCGAGCGACGACAGCAAUCAUAGCAGCCAUUCGCACAGUACACCGCCGAGUACCAACUGUAAGCCUUCCAACUACAAGUUCAAGAGCUCCAUCAAGCAAAGGUUCUCAGCGGAGAGGAUAAAAUCCAGUCCGCCGCCGACCAUCAGCAUGGAAAAACCAUCCGCGUCUCACGGAGUUCCGAUCUUUGCCCUUCACGACGGUGGCGCCUUCUACGUUCCGUUAACCGUCGAAGCUUCUCUGUUAAGGCCUCAUCUGAACUUCAUGUCGGACACCGGACCUGACACGGUGCUUCAUCCGGUCACGAUAUCGGUAAACUUCAACCAUUCGAGUCCGCCAGCCUGGUCACACCACCAUAGUCCUACGCACCAGCAACAGACAUAAAGGAAAGUCAGGAAUCGUAUCUGAAUGUAACCCGAUAUCCUGUUUCGCUCGUUCCAACCGUCGAUACACGUGUACGCGUAUACGCGUGUCUUCGUACGUCUUGGAUCCACGAAUCCUAAAUCCGCUCAUGCUAAAAUUGGCGUUGUCGGUAUGCCGAACACCGUGUCUCGCGGUGGACGAGGAGAAUGGGCGACGGCGCGGAUCGAUCGCGCUCGUUCAAAGACACGAUCGACUACCGUGGAAUCAUCGAACGAUUCGUCCAGAUGUUUCGAAGAUCGUGUUCGAUCGGUUCUUGGAAAAGAAACGGUCAUCGUUGCACGGUGACGGCGAUUUUAUUCUCUUUCUGGUUCUUUAGCUUACGUUAACGUCGAAGGAACGCUGGUGUAUAGCGUGUUUUAGCGUUUUACGAAGGAACGAGGUGUCGAGGAUGGUUUUUUCUUUCUUUUGUAUAUUUACCGAGGCUGUGGGUUGUCUUAGCAUUUACGAGAUUUGAGAGAAAGAGCGAUUAUAGAGAGACGUCGUUGGUAGAGAUCGAGCAUUAGGGCUCGAAGGCCCGGGGUUGCUUUAGCUUCGGUAUGUUUCUCCUUUCGUCGGUAUCGUCACAGUCGAAUCCCGUUCCUCCCACAUUUUUUCCCCUCUCCCUUUCUGUUACGUCGAUCUUUGUUUCCUUGUAUCUUCUUUUUACCCGUUUCACCCUUCCCUGUGCUUCAUUUUCUCUUUGUUCUUCGGCUGGACAAGUGCGUCGGGCGAUGAAUAAAAGUCGCAACAGUAUCGAACUCGUCGAAUUACGUCAAUCGGAGCGUAAUUAGUAUUAAAUAAAGAUUAAUCGAUGUGUUUAUGUUGGCGAAGCAACUGAGCUACCACCGUAUAAAUACAUAUGUACGUCGAACUCUUUCGUAACACUGGAGCCUGGAUCGCCCGCAACAUAUUCGAUCGGCCGACAAAGUUCUGUUUUCGAAACGUAAGCUAGCCGACAGAAGUGCCUACAAUAUUUUCAGUUAACAAAUUCCAUUUAUGUGAUCGUUCCGUAUGUACGAAGAUAGUGGUUUAUUUCUUUUCUGCGGAUAAUUCUGUGUCACGUUCGAUCGCAAGAACGAUCGAUUCUGCUCGGCGCCCUGGCAAACGGGCCUCAGCAAUUAAAGACUGACCAAGACCUGCAUUACACUAAAUUCUUGUAAGAUCAUUGCAUUAAAUAUAUAUUUGUACAUACCACGUUUAGUUGUAACGUUAACGAAGAAUUUAUGCGGAAUAAAUUAUAUUUACCAUA